CCCAACACAAUAAACAGAAGCUGUUGUCUUUACACUGUUGUUUAAAACACCUCUUCAUCGGACCAUCUCUAUCAGACGACUACAACCAGUCGUGUAAAUGACUUUUGAAAUUCAACAAAAUGAAUUAGUUUCCGUUAGUGGGUGGGGGAGGUUGAAGGCCUUGCCUGGAAGGUUAGGCACCAAGAUAGUCGAAGCUGCGAGGAAGAUAAAGAAACUAGGACAAGAUGAUCCAAGAAGGAUUAUUCAUUCCCUGAAAGUUGGACUAGCUAUCACGUUGGUCUCGUUUAUCUACUACGUUGAAUCUCUUUAUGAAGGUUUUGGCGGCUCUGCAAUGUGGGCAAUUCUGACUGUCAUUGUCGUCUUGGAAUUCUCCGUCGGAGCAACACUUGGAAGAGGUUUAAACAGAGGAUUGGCGACAUUCAUAGCUGGGGCUCUUGGAUUCGGUGCCCAUUACCUUGCAAGUCGUUCUGGGGACAAAGUUGAGCCCAUACUCCUUGGGCUCUUUGUCUUCCUAAUGGCUGGGGUGGUGACAUUCAUACGGUUUUUCCCUCAAAUGAAGGCUAGAUAUGACUAUGGGCUCCUCAUAUUUAUGCUGACAUUUUGUUUGGUAUCAAUAUCCGGCUAUCGAGAUGAAGACCUGUUAGAUGUGGCACAUAGAAGAGUGUCUACAAUCCUAAUUGGUAGCUUCACAUCAGUAUUUGUUUGCAUUUGCAUUUGCCCUGUUUGGGCUGGUGAUGAUCUUCACAAUCUGGUUGCCUCUAACAUCGAAAAUCUCGGGAGCUUCUUGCAAGGUUUUGGGACCGAGUACUUCAAAAUAUCAGGGGAGGUUGGAGAGUCUAAGACGGCAGUCAUGCAAAGAUAUAAGACUGUUCUUAACUCAAAACAAAGCGAAGAAAGCUUGGCUAAUUCUGCUAGAUGGGAACCUGGUCAUGGUCCGUUUAGGUUCUCCCAUCCAUGGAAACAAUACCUGAAGAUAGGAAGCCUAACUCGCCAAUGUGCUUAUCGGAUUGAUGCUCUUAAUGGCUAUGUAAACUCUGAGAUACAGACACCACCAGAAUUCCGCAGCAAAAUUCAAGCGACAUGCACGAAGAUGAGCAUGGAAUCAGGCAAGGCAUUGAUGGAGUUAGCAUCUGCACUCAAGACAAUGACACCACCAUCCUCUGCCAGACCUCACAUUGCAGAAUCCGAAAGUGCAGCCAAAGGCCUCAAAUCCUUGCUGCAAGCUGGCUUGUGCGAAGAAAUCGACUUCCUUGAGGUUUUGCCAGCAGCAACCGUGGCAUCACUGCUAGUUGAUGUGGUUUCUUCCACGGAGAAAAUUGCGGAAUCGAUUAAUGAGCUUACCACUCUUGCACGUUACGCAAGUGUCGAGCAUAUCAUUGUGGAAGAAAAGGAGGCAGCUGUGUCAGUUCACCUACAACCAAUCCCGCCAUGUUCGAACACCAGUGGAGAACAUCAUGUUAUUACAAUCGAUCAGCCGUCUAGACAUUUACCCUAAAGCAUCUGUCAAUAUGCGUUGCUAACAAUCGCUUUAAACGUCGCACCUAUUACAGUGUGUACGUAUUAGUUGAUUUUAAGAAAACAGUACAGGACUCUUGUGGCCA